CCGGUGGCAGUUUGGUUGUUUGAAAAGAAGGAUUUGGAUAAAUGGCCGAGAUACGAGAAGGAAUUGUUCGCAGAAAUCCUGAGGAGAGGUGUAUCGCAACUGACCAGAUUAAGGCAUCCACGUAUUCUCGUCAUUGAACAUCCACUCGAAGAAUCUCGGUAUAAAUAG